CAAAGAUAGAUAUUUUCCUCUUCUCUUUCUCUUUUCAACCAAAAUUGAUCUCUUUUAUUCUUCCUCUUUUUAUAUAUUCUAAUUCAUCAAAAGCCACAAAAUCUUCAAAUGCCGUGACUCUGAAGAAACUAAUCAUAAUAGAAAACCGUUCAAAUUUCAACACACGUUUUCUGCUACAUCACUCUUCUUGUUCAUUUUGUAUGCAUUAUUAUAAUUGCCACAUAUUAGUGCCAUUAUUUUCUUCAAUUUCAAUUUGGAUCACAAAUUAGAAAGAAAAAAACUAAUCUUGAUAGUUUUGGUAGAUUUGUUGUUAAGCUAGUUUAGAUCUAAAUGAGCUAUGGAAGAUGAUAAAUCAUCAUCUAUGGUGUUUGGUAGGUUUAGAUUUUUCCUUUUGGGAAUUAAAUUGGUAUAAAAAUCAAAUCUUUGACCACUGAUUUGGAAAAUUAACAUUAGUUUUUAUUCAUUGUUGUUGCUAUGGAAAAAGGGUUUUCUUCUUCUUUGUUGUUAUUGCUAUUAUUGAUUACUUCUCUUGUGAUAUCUGUUUAUGGUGAAUAUGCACAUUGCAACUGUGAUGAUGAUGAUGAUGAUGGUGAUUGGAUUUGGAGUAUUCAAAGUAUUUUGGUUUGUCAAAAAGUCAGUGAUUUUUUCAUUGCUAUAGCAUAUUUUUCCAUACCCCUUGAGCUUCUUUACUUUGUUAGUUACUCCAAUGUUCCAUUUAAAUUGGUAUUCCUUCAAUUUGUUGCUUUCAUUGUUCUAUGUGGUUUGACCCAUUUACUCAAUGCCUAUACUUACUAUGGACCUCAUUCCUUUCAUUUGUUUCUAUCUCUCACUGUUGCUAAAUUCUUCACUGCCCUUGUUUCAUGUGCCACUGCAAUUACUUUUCCUACCUUGAUUCCUCUUCUUUUGAAAAUCAAGGUGAGGGAGUUGUUUUUGAGGCAGAAUGUGUUGGAAUUAGGGCAAGAGGUUGGGAUUAUGAAGAAACAGAAAGAGGCUAGUUGGCAUGUUAGGAUGUUGACGCGUGAGAUUAGGAAGUCGUUAGAUAAGCAUACCAUUUUGUAUACUACCCUUGUUGAGCUUUCAAAGGCGUUGGAGUUGCAUAAUUGUGCGGUUUGGAUGCCUGAUGAGGACAGACGGGUGAUGCAUUUGACUCAUGAGUUGAAACCGAAUCCGGCAAAGAGUUUUCAUAGUUCUAUUUCUCUAAAUGAUUUGGAUGUGUUAGAGGUAAGAAAGAGCAAGGGGGUGUCGAUUUUGAGGCCUGAUUCUGCACUUGGAUCUGCGAGUAGUGGUGGAUCUGAGGACUCGGGUGCUGUAGCAGCCAUUCGUAUGCCGAUACUUCAUGUUUCGAAUUUCAAGGGAGGGACACCGGAGUUUGUUGAGACGUCUUAUGCUAUACUGGUUUUGGUUCUUCCAAAAUCUAACUCAAGGGCUUGGACCUACCAUGAGAUGGAGAUAGUGGAAGUAGUUGCUGACCAGGUUGCUGUGGCCUUGUCUCAUGCAUCUGUUCUUGAAGAGUCUCAGCUAAUGAGACAGAAACUUGCGGAGCAAAACCGGGCGUUGCAACAGGCACAAAAAUAUGCAAUGAUGGCCAGCCAAGCAAGGAGCUCAUUUGAGAAAGUGAUGAGCCAUGGAAUGAGGAGACCUAUGCAUUCAAUCCUGGGCUUACUUUCAAUGUUUCAAGAGGAUAGUAUAAGAUCUGAACAGAAGAUUGUUGUUGACACAAUGUUGAAAGUUAGCAAUUCGCUCUCGCGUUUGAUAAAUGAUGUUAUGGAGAUUUCGGCCAACGAUAAAGGUACUUUCCAGUUAGAGUCGAAACAUUUCCAUCUACAUUCCAUGAUGAGGGAAGCUUCUUGUAUUGCCAAGUGUUUGUGUGUGUAUAAAGGUUUUGGUCUUGAAAUUGAUGUGCAAAGAUCUUUGCCUGAUAUGGUAAUAGGUGAUGAGGCAAGGUCUUUUCAAUUAAUUUUGCAUAUGAUUGGCUAUUUAUUGAACUUAUAUGAUAGAGGUACUCUCAUUUUUCGAGUUUCUCUUGAAAGUGAUUCUGGUAAGGAUGAUAGAAGUUCUGGAAUAUGGAGAUCAAACAUGCAAAAUGAUGAUGUAAAUAUAAAAUUUAAUUUCCAGAUAGCCGGUACUAGUUCCCAUUCAGAUGAAUUAAUUUUGACUAGAAGUAGUGCUAGUAUGAUGCACCACAACGAUGAACCUAAGGAGGGCUUGAGCUUCAGCAUUUGCAAAACGCUUGUGCAGAUGAUGCAAGGUAAUAUCUGGGUAUCACCAAACUCUCUGGGUUUGGCACAAGGAAUGACACUUCUUCUCAAGUUUCAAUUAGGAUCAUCGCGUGGAAGAUUUGUUCUAGCUCAUAAAGAAUUUUCAAACCAACAGUUUAGAGGACUUAAGGUUAUUUUAGCCGACGAUGAUAAUGUAAACAUGACUGUAACAAAGAAGCUACUCGAGAAGCUAGGUUGUCAAGUAACUGCUGUUUCAUCGGGUUUUGAUUGUUUGGCUGCUAUAACUGCCUCCAGUGUAUCAUUUAAAGUCAUCCUAUUGGAUCUUCACAUGCCUGAAAUGGAUGGUUUUGAAGUUGCAAGGAAGAUUCGGAAGUUCCAAAGCCGAAAUUGGCCCUUGAUUAUUGCUCUUACAGCAAGUGCAGAAGAACACAUAAAGGAAAGAUGCCUUCAGGUGGGAAUGAAUGGAUUGAUUCGGAAACCUAUCCUCCUUCACGAGUUAGCUGAUGAACUUAAAACAGUCCUGCUACGUGCAGGUGAAAAAUUGAUGAAAGCUGGGAGGGUAGUAAUGGAGCUUUUUGCUGAUGCUACCCCGAAAACAGCUGAAAACUUCAGAGUUCUCUGCACUGGUGAGAAGGGAAUUGGACAGUGUGGUAAACCUUUACACUUCAAAGGUUCUGGUUUUCAUCGUAUUAUUCCAGAAUUUAUGUGUCAGGGAGGAGAUUUUACCAGAGGGAAUGGUACUGGAGGAGAGUCUAUUUACGGGGCUAAAUUUGCCGAUGAAAAUUUUAAGUUGAAGCAUACCGGACCUGGUAUUCUUUCCAUGGCAAAUUCUGGACCUAAUACAAAUGGUUCCCAAUUUUUUAUAUGUACUACCAAGACUCCAUGGCUUGAUGGGAAACAUGUUGUAUUUGGGAAAGUAGUUGAUGGAUACAGUGUAGUUCAGGAAAUGGAGAAGUCCGCAAAAGGAUCAAAUGCUGGAGGAAUUUCCAUCUACUGGGGUCAAAAUGGAAAUGAAGGCACAUUAGCUGAAACUUGUGGCACAAGUAACUAUGAAUAUGUGAACAUUGCUUUUCUCUACACUUUUGGCAAUGGUAGAGUCCCAAGAAUAGACCUUGCUGGUCAUUGUGAUGCAUAUAGUAAUGAAUGUACCAAACUAAGCGCCGACAUAAAGUCAUGUCAAGCCAAAGGAAUUAAAGUUAUCCUUUCAAUUGGAGGUGGUGCUGGAAGCUACUCACUUGCAUCUUCAGAGGAUGCUAGAAUCGUCGCCACUUACCUUUGGAACAAUUUCUUGGGUGGACACUCAUCUACACGUCCACUUGGCGACGCUAUUUUGGAUGGAAUUGAUUUUGACAUUGAAGGAGGAACAAAUCAACAUUGGGAUGAACUUGCAAAGUAUCUUUCAGGGUAUAGCAAAAAGGGAAAGAAGGUUUAUUUAACAGCCGCUCCUCAAUGUCCUUUUCCUGAUGCUAUGCUCGGAGAAGCUCUUAAGACAGGUCUUUUCGACUAUGUUUGGGUUCAAUUUUACAACAAUCCGCCUUGUCAAUACUCUUCUGCAGAUAUUGGUAAUCUUGAAAAUGCAUGGAAAGAAUGGAUUAAUGAAAUUCCAGCAACAAAGAUUUUCUUAGGAUUACCAGCAUCUCCACAGGCUGCAGGAAGUGGUUUUGUUUCUGUUGAUGACUUGACAUCAAAAGUACUUCCUAUCAUUAAGGGUAGCUCAAAAUAUGGAGGUGUUAUGUUAUGGUCCAAGUACUAUGAUGAUCAAACUGGAUAUAGUUCUUCCAUCAAAAGUGAUAUCUAGAAUUAAUCAUAAGACAUAAAUAUUUUGAGCUGUAUUGAAUUCAUGAUGUGCUUC